CUAGUUUUAAAAGUUUUUAAUUAAUAUUAAUUUAUACCUGUGGAUAUUUUGAACACUUACCAUAUUAUCAUAAAAAAAUAAGAUAAUUUUUAAAGUUAUAUUUGAUGUAAAAUGAACUUUUUUAGUAGUCUUAUCAACAGACGCGGACUAACUAUAAUGGGAUACUAUAUAAUUUCAAGGAAAAAAAAAACAAUUUUUUAAAAUUAUUAAUAAUAAUUUUAAGUAAAUGAAUUGGGGAACAUUUAUGGUGGAAGGGUAAAUAAAUAUUGAGGCAAUAAAUGCCAUAGCUAAUGGCGUAAAAUCUAAUGGGGUAAAAAUCCGGGUGGUGCUAAAAUUGUGUAAACCAUGUAGUCAUAGCCCCUACACCCCCCAAUCAAUCACAUUAAUAUAGAUAGCUGUAAAACUGAACGAUUAUGGUUAAUCGGUGGCAUAAUAUAGAAAUGUUCUAUUAUACAAAAAAUAACGAUUUUAUUUGCUACAAUAAUAGUAUAAUGUAAACGUAAUGUAAGAAAAAAAAUUAAUCUAAAAAAUAUUGUUAGUAUAAUAGUAUAAAUAAAAAACAUUUUUGAAACUAUAGGCAUUAAAAUUCAGUUAUGGUACUAUUAACUGGAUGUAAUAAAGCACCUCCUCACAACCCCAGUAGUUAGUGCCACUGACUACAGCAUCCCAAUCAGUCCGUGCUUACUUAUCAAACGAAUUUAAUUAAAAAUACUGAAAAAAAAACUUUGCUUAUUUAUAAUAGACUGAUAGGGCAUUAACGUAUGUAAUGCAACUAAUUAUUGGCAAUGCCUUAUUUAUCUUCGACUCGAGACAACCACAAUGAUAAUCGACUCAGAUUAUUUAACAGUUUAUUUAGAUGGAAGAAAUCAGAAAAACAAAAACAAAAAGCCAGGCAAUUAAGCAAAAGUGAAGUAUGUAUUGCAACGAAAAUGUCUGUGAAAACGAGAAAUUCUUGCCCAGCUUCGCCGGCGUUAUCUAUACCUAGAUCCAGAGAUUUAUUCCAAGACAUGGAAGCUUUAAGAAUAUCAAGACAUGACAAUCCCUAUAUACAGAAAAAAAUAAUAGCAAGUAGAGAGAGCUUAUUGGAAGAUAGUAUUGAUCAUGUAUCUAUAACUGACGACAUAGAUAUUAUGGCUCAGGAAUAUUUGGCUGAUAUGAACCCUAAUGCAUUAGUUGAACUCCAUCAACACAUGGUGAGAAGUCCCCCCCCGACAUCGUGGCCACGAAUCCCUCUAUUUAAAUUUGAUGAUAAAGAUCAAGAUCAGGAACUGUUAGAUGAUAGGUGUGCAAGUCCACAAACAGUUCGUUCAUUAUUUCACAGUCCUUAUUCAAGUGGUACUUCCAGUUGUAUGGUUUCCCCGCGUUACAAUCAUCAAUCUCGGUGUAGUCGAUCAGUAAGUGAGACUCGAGGUAAACUUUAAAUAAAAAAAAAUAUUGGAUAGAUUUUUAAGUGACAAUAUUAAUAUAUUUUGUAUGUAUUUGGUUAUGUACAAAUAUUUUAUAUAAUGGAGACUUAAACUGUUAUUAUUUUAAAAACGUUAUCAUCAUUAUUAUAAUUUCUCAAAAAUGUAACCAAAGAAAUUGCUAUUUUCAAAAAUAACACUCAAAAUCAUAUUUUAAUAUUAUUCGCAUAUAAUGAAAGGGGAAAUAUUAAUAUAUCACUUCUAUUUACUAAUUUUGAGUAGAGUAAAGAAAAAUCGAUCCUAAAAUGAAUAUUUUGUGCGUUUAAUUACAUAAAUAUAAUUUAUACUCAGUAAUAAAUUAGUAAAUGUAAUACUCGCUAUACUAAAAUAAUUAUUAAUUUUAUUUAUUUAUUUAUCAUAGUUCUGUGUCCAGUUUUUAUAUUUAAUAUUAAUUAUUUUUACUCCAGUUUUUUUUUUAAGUGAAGUGUAAAUUCAAAGAGUUUAAACUUAAGUUCAAAUUAAAAUAAAGCUGGCCUCUCGAUUUUUUUUAAAUCAUAAUUUUGUUAAACUAAUUUUUAAUAUUUUUUAUUUUAUAUAUUUCUUGAUUUAUUAUAUUAUUAAUUACUUUUUAUCAAAAUCCCUUUUAACUUAUAGUGGUGUGAACUUUAUUUUUUAAAUACCAAUAUACAUUUUUAAUUUAUAAGUUAAUUAAAUAUACAUGUAGCCAUUAAAAAAAUAUUGACACCUUUAUAAGAAAUAAAAAACGAAUUAAUAAAGUAUUUAAUAACUAAUAAAUCAAGAAAUAUAUGUACUUAAAAACUACCAAUAAUAAUAUUUUUAACGUAAUUAUUAUUUUGAGAGAACUCGAGUAGCUAGCAUUAAAAAAAUCACUCUGUAUCUAGUGAUUUCUUUGUGAAUUUAAAACAAUUAUGUAAUUAAAGGAAAUUAUUUUUAUGUUUCAUUUAUUUCAAAAGUCAAUUACUAUUAAAAAUGUUCGUUGUAUUUAAAAUGAUUAAUAUAUUAAUUUUUAUCUAAUAUAUACGUACUAUGCAUUUUAACAUCAUAUUGCAAUUUCACCAAUUUUUAUUAUAAAUGAAAAAAAUAUGAUUGAAUUAAUCACAUAUAGAGAAGACUAUUAAUCGAAUUUUUCAUUUAUCCUACAGAAAAUACAGAUGACCUAAACAUUUUAUACAAUAAUUAUAUUUUUUAUUUUUAAUUAUCACUUAAUAAUAUUUGAAAAAGGAGCCACUUUUCUUUUACUGUGACUUGUAAAGCGAGAAAAAAAUAUGUUUAGCUUUUUUAACAUAGCUCUGAGAUAAGCUCAUGUCACCCAUCUCCAAUUCCGAUCUUAUCCAAACAUAAAUUUUUAUGGUUAGAUCAUGAUUAACUUUACAUUAAUAUAUUCAAAAUAGAAUACCAAAACAAUAUAUUUCUGAUGUUUAAACUCCUAAUAUUGCAUUUUUAUUUAAUUUUUAAGUUUAAAUUAAAAAAUAUUCGUAUUUUAAAUAUUUUUUAUAUUAUUAGUAUAUUUUCUUUUAGUAUUUAUUGUAAUACUUUUUAAAUACAUUUAUUUAAUACAUUUUAAACUAGAAUAAAAUUAUUUAACGGAUGCUAGUUUAUUUAUCAGUAAAGCAUUCAUAAUAUUUUAAUUUUAAUUCAAACAAAUUUUCAUAUAAUUAUACAAAUUGUAUUGCUUUUAUUAAAUAAUCCAUUAAUGAUAUUUGAAAAAUUUUAUUAUAUUUAUUGAAAAAAAAAAAGGUGAGAGAUUUGAUUAAUUAAAUUAAAUAAAUUAAAAAUAUCAGUAACAAUACGAAAAAUGUAACUUAUGUCUAUUAGUAUAAAGCUAUAAAUGUUUUAAAUUUUACAUGUUACACAUCACAUGUAAUACUUAGUAAAAGUUAAAAAGAAAGAAAACUCAUUUUACUAUUGCGCAUUUUUGUAAGCAAUUAAAUUACUAAAUUAAGUUAUUUUCUAAUCUUUUAACAAAACUAUCUAGUCAAUAUUCAACUUAUAAACUAAUAUAGAAUUUUAUAAAAAUAAAUUUAUUAGUGUUAGAUAUAGAAUUUGUGAUAUUUCAUUUGUUAUGUAAUUUUUUAUAAAGUGUAAAGUAUUUAUCAAAUAAUGUUAUAUUAUAAAAAUUGAUUGUAAAAUUUUUACUUAAAUAUUUAAACACCAACAUUUUAAUGAAAAAUCUAUUACAAAUAUAUAAUUCUGAAUAAAGUAAAUAUUUGCUUUAUGGUGUCUAUUAUUCUGUUAGUGAUUUUUGGUUACCAAAUUUAAAAAAUAAUCAUUAUACUUCAUAGAAAUCUGUUUUUAUCGCUAACUAAUGUUAAAAAUGAAUCUAGAUUAUUAUAUUAUCAAUGUUAUAUUUUUAAAUUAUUUUUGAGAUUAUAGGUUUGUCCAUUAUAAUUGCAAUAAAUAUUAAAUUUUGUUAAUCUCAUUAAAAGUCCUUUUGAUGAACGAAAUCAAAUAUUUGUAAUUCUUUAUAUGGAACAACUAUGUACAUGAUUUGGCAUUUCAAAUAUUCUUUUUAUGUAUAAAUAUUAUUAUGAUCAAUAUUACCUAUUAUAGUAUUAUAAUAUAUUUAUAAAACAAGUUGUUUUAAAAUGUACAAUGCAUAAUUUGUUUAUUGAAUAAAUGAAUACAGUUACAAUUUA